GCUCAAGCAGCAGCUAUAAGAGCUAUAAUAUGACCAUUUGACAGUUUGUUAGGUCAAGCUAGGUAUCACACGAUUGAUGAUGCGGAUCGUUUAUGUUUUCAAAAUCUUGAUUAAAUAAAUACUAUGGGCGAUAGUAAUUUACCAAUUAUCGAACCAACUAUAGAUUUUACGAAGGUUCCGCCUAUUCAUCAAAAACGCACCAUAUCUUUUAUUAAUCAUUUCGUCGUUAACGCAGUUUCGUUUUUGAACAAGCUCGCCCUCAACUGCGAAGAGAAAUUAUUUGAUUUUGAGAAUAAAUUACAGAGAAUCGAAGCUGCGGUUGUUAUUCUCGAGUCUCGGCUAGCGUCAAUACCGAGUUGUGAAGAAAAAUUGCCUGUGCCGGAGAAAGUUUCCCAACAACUUCUCGAGGACAAAGAAAAAGUCGAUGCGGAAUCAAUACCACCAGCAGAAGCAAAAGGAGACAUCGAUGAAACUGACAAACUAGUUGAUGAGGGAGCUAACGAUAAGGAGAAAUUGAUACCGAUCUGUAAACAUCCGCUUUAUGAAGAGUUUUUCAGAAUGAAAAAUAUUGGUGCAGCAGUGGAAGCUUUGAAACGAACGAUGACUCUUCGAGGCUUGGACCCUGAUGCACUGGACGAUCCGCAACGUCAGGUGCCAAACAAUUCACCCGAGGGACCAAUUCAAACUUGAGACCUUUUAUAUCGUUUUGUGCACUCCAAGUACGCAGCCCUUCUUCCAAAGGAAUGGAAUUCUUAAAAGAUUUACUUCUCAGUUUUUUCAUUCCAUUAGUUCAAUUAAAAUCAUUCCUAUUGAUUUAUUUAUUCAGUGGAUGUCGGUUAAAAUGCCGAUACACGAAAAAAUAUCCAUCGGACCAUCUUUGAACCUUCUCACAAGCUCAGAAGAAUCAUGCUUUUUGAAGACAUAUACUUUAUUGUAAGCAAAAUUUAUUUUUUUUAGAGCAUAGAGUAUCCCAAUAACGUACUUGUAUACUUCAAAGACAAAUACAACUGAAAUAAUUAAAACAACAAACUGUUCAUGAAA